UCACACAGACUAGACGAGGACCGAGCAGUCAAGAUCCCCUCGUUAGUCGCUUGCAGACUGAUAGAGGUGUAUAGGCAGCCAGUAUAUUUUCUGUGUUUAGGCUACUUAAUUCUGACGACUGAAUAUUUUGCCCUCUCUUGAACAUAAUGUGGAGAGACAAGUGUUCUCGGCAGACAUCCGAAGACCUAGCAUAAUUCAUUCGUGACGGACCCCAUUGCUGCAUGCCUCCUGUUUAAGAUUCUGCAGUUUUGACUAAUCCACGGGACAGUGGGAUCCGACUACAGAGCAUCUUUAGGAUUCACAGCGAGUUGAGUCCAAGUUCUAUUACCAGGAGUUUACCAUGACAGCCACUAAGGAGGCGGCGCAGCCGAAUCAGAGACAGAAGCCACUGCCAAAGGAUGAUGAGGAGGACCUUGGUGCGGGAGCUCCACCUGACCGGAACUGGAAAGGAAUUGCUAUUGCUCUGCUGGUUAUAUUGGGGGUCUGCUCUCUUAUCACCAUGUCUGUCAUCCUCCUCACUCCAGCGGACAGCCAAGCUGGCAGUGAUACCAAACUCACAGUGGAAGAUCUGUUCAAGCCUGAGUUUGUUGCCCACGACCCGGAGGCCAAAUGGAUCAACGACUCAGAAGUGAUCUACAGGAAUCGCGAUGGCCACGUAAUCAAGUUUAACAUCCUCACCAAUGAGACUGAAAUUGUACUGACAAACACAACAUUUGUCAAUUUCAAUGUUGCAAAGUACUCCGUUUCCCCGGACUUGAAAUAUGUGCUCUUUGCCUAUGAUGUUAAACAGGUUUUCCGGCAUUCAUACAUGGCCUCAUAUAGCAUUUACAACGUCCACACAAGGGAGGUGUGGGAGCUGGAUCCUCCAGAGGUGCUGAAUUCUAUUCUGCAGUAUGCUGCAUGGGGAGUACAGGGCCAGCAACUGAUCUACAUAUUUGAGAACAAUAUUUACUACCAAUCAGAUGUGAAGAGCAACUCCCUCAGACUGACAUCGUCUGGAAAGGAAGGGGUCAUCUUCAAUGGGAUCGCUGACUGGCUGUACGAGGAGGAGAUUCUCCAGUCACAUAUAGCACACUGGUGGUCACCGGAUGGAGAGAGGUUAGCCUUCCUGGUCCUCAAUGACACUCUGGUGCCKAAUAUGGCCCUUCCUCGCUUCACUGGCGCUUCAUACCCCAAAGGAAAGCAAUACCCCUACCCCAAGGCUGGUCAACCCAACCCCACAGUGAAGUUAUACGUGGUGAAUCUGUACGGGCCGACACACACACAGGAGCUCACACCACCAGACAACCUCAAACUAAGGGAGCACUAUGUGGCCAUGGUCAAUUGGAUCAGUAAAACCAAGACGACGGUCAGGUGGAUGAACCGUGCCCAGAAUGUGUCCAUCCUUACCGUAUGUGAGACCACCACGGGGGCCUGUGUUAAGAGGCAUGAGGAGACCUCAGAGCUCUGGCUUUCAAAGCAGAACCAGGAACCAGUGUUCUCCAGGGAUGGCAGCAUAUUCUUCCUGACAGUGCCCGUCAAGCAAGGCGGGCGCGGAGAGUUCCAUCACAUCGCCAUGUUCACCACACAGUUCAGAGCAGAUCAAAACGAGGUCCGCCAUCUAACAUCAGGAAACUGGGAAGUAACUAAGAUCCUGGCCUAUGAUGAGAGCAACGACAACAUAUAUUUUCUCAGCACUGAAGGCUCACCGCGAAGAAGACAGCUUUUCAGUGUGAAGACUGUCGGGUUGUUCCCUCGACACUGUCUGACGUGUGAGCUAAAUAAGGCGCACUGUCUGUUCUUUAAUGCCGAGAUAAGCCCCAAUGAUAAGCAUAUCAUCCUCCACUGUAAAGGUCCCGGAGCACCCACUGUGAUCUUACACAGCCUCAAUAAUGCCAAUUUCUACAUCCUUGAGAACAACUCUUUACUAAAGGCCGCCUUAAAGGUCAAGAGGAUUCAGAUGACAGAUUUCAGAACAAUCCAGAUGGAACAUUUUGAUCUGCCUUUGAAGAUCUCUUACCCACCAGACUUUUCUGAAUCGCGUCACUAUGGCUUGCUGUUGAUAGUCGAUGGUUCCCCCGGGGGCCAGGCGGUGAGCGACCGUUUCGUUCUGGACUGGGACUCGGUUCUGGUCAGCUCGGAUAAUGUCAUAGUGGCUCGUCUGGACGGCAGGGGGAGUGGCUUCCUGGGCCAGAGGGUUCUACAUGAAGUCCACCGGCGUUUGGGAACCGUAGAGGUGCAGGAUCAAAUCACAGCUGUGGAAUACAUGUUGACAUUCCCGUACAUUGAUCGGACACGGAUAGGAGUAUUUGGGAGGGGUUAUGGUGCCUAUAUUACAUUAAUGAUGCUCAAAUCAACCGACAGCCUGUUCAAAUGUUCAGUAGCAAUGUCCCCCGUCACGGACUGGAAACUAUAUGCAUCAGCGUUUUCCGAGAGGUACCUUGGCAUGCCAUUACGGGACGACAGCAGAUAUCAGUUCUCCAGCGUGUUGCAGAACGUCCAGCCACUGAGGGAACAGACUCUGAUGCUUGUCCACGGUACAGCAGAUGCCAAUGUUCACUUUCAGCAUACUGCUGAGCUCAUCAGGAACCUUGUGAAAGUUGGAGCAAACUACUCAAUGCAGCUCUAUCCAGAUGAGGGUCAUUUCCUGUCCCAGCGGAGUCGGCAGCACCUCUUCGCGUCGCUCACCAACUUCUACAGGGAGUGUCUCAGGGAAGAGAUCCUACCACUGCCCGAUGAUGAUGAGGAGGAGGAAGAAGAGUAGGAGUAUGAUGUGUUGGGAACCUUCGGCAGGACUUUGGCAGGACUUCCUCUCUGUAAACAUUUGCUGAAGCCUGCACUAAAGGCUGGUGGCUUUUGGACCAAGUGUUAAGACAGAGGUGGACAGUGAGAGUUGCUGAUGCUUCUAGUGUGUGUGUGUGUGUGUGUGUGUGUGUGUGUGUGUGUGUGUGUGUGUGUGUGUGUGUGUGUGUGUGUGUGUGCGUGUGUACAUUAGAUCGUUUGUGUUAGUUUGCGAAAGAGAGUUUGAUAGUGUUUGUGCGUGUGUCUGCGUAUGUACGUUUGUGUGUGCAUGUGUUUUCAUUCAGAGAACUUCCAAGGACACCUGUCAAAGACAAUGGAGACUGGCAUUGUCGAGACUACAAGCUGGAUCUCUCACUAAUCCAAAAUGCCACUUCAAUCACUUUCGGCAAAGCACAUAGCAGACUGCCUCCAUCACCGAUGGCGGCCAUUAGCUUUGCAACAUCCACACUUGCAAGUGCAUGGUUCUUUUCCCCUUGCAGCGUCACUAGUUCUGUUAGUCUUUGUUGUAGUAGUCAUUGGGAAGAGACAAACACAGAUGAAGUACCCUUUUCAAUUCCUCCCCCUCAAUAUUAUUUGGUCUUGUUGCACAAGGAAACGCUCCACUGCUCUUCAGAGGCAUACUGUAGGCAAUGCAAGUUCACCAUCACUGUGACGUUGUCCACAAAUAAGUGUAAUUCCUGCUGAAUGCUCUCUCAUCGUCAACCCCCCACUGAAAAGAACAGUCCUUUGGGCACACUUAAACAAUGGUCUUAUGUAGACAUGUCCAAUGCCUUAUGAUGUGCUACAUAAGACCGUAAGACCACGUACUGGCAUUCAUAGCCAUUCAUUAUUAGCAGCUUCAUACCAGCCUGUGUCAGCUCAGUCCUUUGAGACGCAAUAUGACAUAGUGCGGUCUCAUAGACAGUUAAUAUCAGUUAUAAGGUCAGGUCAUAAACCAGUUAUAACUCCAGUGAGUAGAGAGUGGUCACAAAGGCCAUAAAGUGACAUUGUGUAGGCCUAAGUAAGGGGUUUGCAUGUCUACAGCAGUGUGUACAUACAUCUAUUUUUUAGAUAUGUCAGAUCUCGUGGAUAGGUUAGUCUAUGGGAAUGGAAUGAUUUGACCUGUAUGUCUUGUACAUUUUCCAGUUGAUUUUGGUUUUGGUUUAUUUUUCUUCCGAGGGUAGAUUUUGUAAUGCUUGUUCUUGUUAAUUUAGCUGUUUCUAACGGGAGGGGGGAUGUGGGUGUUGGGUUAUUGUGAUUGUCCUCUAGUGAUGAUUAUGAAUAAAAAAGCACAGAAAAAKAAAUAUAUUACCAUUAGGUAUUUUGCACAAAUGACAUCCAACCACAGUGUCUUCAGUAUUGAUUGACAAAUGAACGAAUGAUCCAGUCAAUGAUAUAUAAUCGGUUUGUUGACCUUGGACUCACCUUUGUGCCUAGACUGUUUGAGUUGGUCAUGGUCUAUAGACAAAUUCAAUAAGGGCCUUGAGGCAGUUGGCCUACAGAUAUCUAACAUUGGAUGCCGUCUCAAUCCACCACAUCCGCCGAUGUUUGCACUUCCGUCAUCUACAUUACGUUGCUUUCUCCUGGGUAAUACAUGAUAAUUACAAUAUAUCCUAUGUAACUACAUUGUUCUUACAUUACACUUCAUUCAGUAUAGCCUUUGAGCAGGACAUAACAUAGAAAUAAACACAUUGAAAAUAACCUGUAGUUAAUGACAGGUGUGCUUUGUUACAAUUGUUGUUUCCAGGUCCAGCCUAUUUAUCGAUCCUGGUAUUACAUGUGGCUUCAAUGGUAGUGGCAUAUUUUGGUUUGACUUUCAAAUGUAUAAUUAACAAAACAUUAGUUACAUAGUGGAACAAGAGAAUGUGCAGUAACAUCAGUAGUUACACAUGUGAAUAACCUCAGCAAGGGAAUAUGUAAUAACACAUUCCUUGUUCA